AGAUUAUUAUAAAGAAUGUAUUGUGCCGUUACACCUGCUGUAGGAUUGGUAUCAAUUAAUGAUAUUGCCAACAACCACCCGAAUUUGGCCGGGAUGUUGCGGACUCACACUACUCCAUACUACGUAGGACAACCUUGCCCCCGUGUAACCGCAGAAGACUCUUACCACAGUGCCAUGCGGAUGACUUAUGGACAUUAUAACACUCACCUUUCAUAUCAAGUCAUGGCCUCGACUGCCAAUGACCCAAGAUAUUUGGAUUCAAACCCUGUUAACGCCUAUUACAGCCUUUUGGAGUCAGGAGACUCUCAAACAAACCCAAAUGUUGCAAACGAAGGAAUACCGUUGACUAAAUUUAUCGAGGAAGGACUAAGAAGUAGGACAAACUUGGCAUUUUCGUUUUGCGAUCAAUACAGAGAAGUGACAAAGAUAUCAGCAGAUGGGGCAGUGUCUCCGACUUCUAUAUCGCCAAUUAUGUUGUCCAACGAAAGCUCUGGAUAUGCUUCGUCUUCGGGAAGAUCUUUCGAGUCGCCCAGUGAUUCACAUACAUCCGAUUCCCAAUUUUCUUCGUCUUAUAACUGUAAUCAGAGAACGAAAAAGAGAAGCCGGUAUGUUGAACAUUCUAAUCAAAGAAACGAAUCGGGUGAUGUUUUGGACAAGGACGCUGUGCGGCCUAGAACCAGGCCUGCUAAACCGACAAGGAAAUCAUUUAUCAAGGUUCAUGAAAGGGUAAACCAUUCCAACAGAGACGAAUCCAAAACUCCAGAAUGUGGUUUGAUAUGUCAGAGAAAAGCCUCAUCGAAAAGCAUUGAAAUGUUAAAAACGCAAAUGCGGAAUAAACCAAGAAAUAAUGAAAUGGAAGUUGAUGAACCAUUCGACAAAUAUCCGGAGCCACAACAACAUGAUUCCUUGUGCAUCCAAUCCGGACGAACAGAAAACAAAACGACUUUGCCAAUCAAAGAACGGAUAAAGAGGUUUGAGAAAUUGCGGGAUACCUGCGGGGGUUAUCCCAACAGAAAAUCGAAUAACAUCACAUUGGACGAACCCAAAGUUGAACAAAGGAUAUACACAAACGCGAAUGCUCAUCAAAAGAAAAACAAAAAUGCCACAUACACCAAAUCUACAAUAGAAACGAAAUUAGAGAAGGCCAAGAAAGAAUUGAAACAAUCGUCGAGGAAAAUGUUUCUCGGAAUGUAUGAAGUUCAGUCUGUACUUGGUGUAGGUGGAGGGGGAACUGUGUAUGCAGGCGUGAGAAUAGCUGAUUCUAAGCCUAUUGCAAUCAAGAGAAUCAUGAGAGAAAAAAUCAAGAGAUGGGAAAAAAUUCAAGGUCGAAAAGUUCCACAAGAAAUUGUCCUUAUGCUAAAGGUGAACGGUCACAAGAACGUAAUUCGUCUUCUUGAUUGGUACGAAUGUCUCGACUCCUUCAUUUUAAUUUUGGAGAGACCACACAACUGCGUUGACUUAUUUGAUUAUAUCAGAGAAGUGGGGACAAUCACGGAAGACGAAGCAUCGUUCAUAUUCAGACAGGUCGUGGAAGCAGUGAAACAUAUUCAUUCUCGUGGCGUUUUACAUCGUGAUAUCAAAGAUGAAAAUGUAGUUAUAAAUCGAGAAACAAAGAAGCCAAGAAUCAUUGAUUUUGGAUGUGGUACCAACCUUCACGACGGUGCCUAUACUGACUUCUCUGGGACGCCUGAGUUUUACCCACCCGAAUGGUUUUCAAAGCGUGUUUACCAAGGACGCUCCGCUGCUGCAUGGUCACUCGGCGUUUUACUAUAUGAUAUGUUAUGCGGAGAAAUACCCUUCAAAACUAAAGGAAAAAUUAUGGCAAAUAUUCUCACAUUUAAGGCUCCAGUUUCGCAAAAGGCAAAGCACCUUAUUAUGUGGUUACUCUGUAGCGAACCAGAUGCCAGACCUGAUUUGAAUGAAGUAUUGAAGCAUCCUUGGUUGCAAAAUACCAAGCAGUGAAAGAAUGGGAAUCAUUCAGAAAGUUGCCACUGAAUCUUGCUAAAAGAUAUCAUGGCGAAAAGAAGCAGGCUUGAAGAAAGCAUACAGAGAAUCCAGCGUGGAGAAAUGAAAGGAUUCCGCGUGGAUGGGUACAGAAUGUUGCAGUGGAUGCGAAGACACAAAUUAAUGUAAGGAGUCGGAAAGAUAUAAAUAUUAUUGCCUGAUUUCAUUUCCGAUACUUUCCUGCAAAGGAAAUGUCUAAAAUAUUAUAUGUUUUAUUCUAACUACCGUACUUAUGAUUUUUUUUUAUAUUUUCCUCAAGUUUCGUUUGCAUGGAAUUUAUUAUUGUUGAAUUAUUUAAGUUCGAUUGUUCUUAGUUAUAAAUUAAAUUAUUUACGUAUAAACCACCUAUCUACGUGGAUGACACAAUAGUGCAUUAUACCGAAGUACAAAUUCGGAUUUAUGUGACUUAAUUACUGCAUUAAAAACGCCCAUUUCUUUGAGCUGACCAUUUACACGUCACAUGUACGUGAUGGGUAAUUAAUCAUUAAAAUGGCUUCCGUGUCAAUAAAAAAAUAACUUCAUCGUUU